AUGGAUUAUGGUGGACCAUUCACUGUGAAACUUCACAACCUUCGCUCGAUUCGGCACAUAAAGGUGUACAAAUGUAUCUUUGUUUGCUUUGCCACAAAGGCCGUCCACGUCGAGGUAGUAACAGACCUCUCAUCUGAUGCGUUCAUUGCUGCCCUAACCAGAUUCGUCUCCCGACGCGGACUUUGUUCAGACCUCUACAGCGACUGCGCCACAAAUUUUGUUGGGGCAGAUAACGCUCUAAGAAAACUUGUCAAGUCACCAAAUCAGACUCAAAUUCAAGUCUUUGCCUCUCAAAAUGGUAUAAAAUUCCAUUUCAACCCUCCUGCUGCUCCCCACCAAGGUGGUUUGUGGGAGAGCGCCAUCAAAGGCAUCAAGUAUCACCUCCGGAGAGUGAUAGGCGCCCCCCUAGCUGCUGUACCUGAAGCCGAUCUCAGUGAUGCUCCUCAGAAUAGACUCAAACACUGGCACCUCGUCCAAUCAUUAAGCCAAAGCAUCUGGAAGAGAUGGCAUCUUGAAUAUUUGCACACCCUUCAGCAGAGAGAGAAGUGGCAUUACCCAACUAAAAACCUUAAGGUCGGUGAUCUGGUCCUUAUUCAUCAGCCGACACCCCCUCUCACUUGGCCCCUUGCUCGGAUCACAGAGGUAUUCCCAGGAAAGGACAAUGUUGUUCGGGUGGUACAUCUUCAAACGGCCAACGGACAACUCACACGGCCUGUUCACAAGGUCUUCCCUCUACCAUGCAAUGAAGACUAA